GUUCUCGCGCACUCCGCACGUUCGUUAUAUCGUUGUAUUUACUCGUACUCGUAUUGUUCGAAGUGAAAAGUUUCGUGAAAGAAUGGUGUUGGCGGACUUCUUGACUGAGACCAGAAGGCGGUGGUUAAAGGCCUUCAAACUAUUCAAGAGGAGCAGAUCCCGCAAGGGCACUCGUAAUCGGGUGUCACCAGCCCUAGUGCGGUCCCCUUCCUACAGCGGGACCGUCGACGCUCGCUCCGAGAUCGACCUGCAGCGCUUCUGUGCUUGCCGCGCCUCGCUGCCCCCCCUCAGCCUCGCCCAGGAGUCCUUCGAGAACACGUCAUACUAUAGCAGCUACAACAGCUACAGUUCUCGCAACGAAUCCGAAGACUCCAACUUCGAUGGCGCUAGAUCUGAUUCAGCAUAUGACUCGGCUAGAAGCAGCCCAUCAAAUCACCGAGCGCCGGUCUGCUACGCCACAGUUACGUAUUUCAACGUUAAUGACAGCGAGGACAGCAGCAGCAUCAGGACAGAAUACACGCUGUUGGACUACGAGGCUGAUGAUGAUGAGCCUGAGGACGAGAGGACGCAGAACAUGAUCAACGAAAGCAUCGAGCUCGUUAGUACGUUAUGAAUUGAGAGCGAAGAAAGUACGCGUUUAGAAUCUAUCUAGGUAUGAUGUGAAGAAUUUUUCCUUUUCUUCUACUUACGGAUUGACUGGCUAAGGGAGAUCUUGUGAAUGUUAACCUGGAUCAGGGUUAUGAUGGGUGUUUCUAAGUAGGUACUCUUUGUUUUAAGUUCUUCGAUAGAAACUUUGUUGUGUGUUAGAAGAGUUAAAAUACCAAAAAUUGCAAACAAUUUCCCGCUUGUUGAAACUAUAAAUUAAGUACUUAGAACUAAACAAUCAGGGUUUUCCCUGUUUUCAACAUUGAUUAUUAUCAAAGUUCAAAACUAUUCAUACUUCAUAAUUUGUUUGGGCUUUCGGGUGGUUUCUAUAUAGUAUGUUGGGAAAAUUAAUAUUUGUUUUAGUUCUAAUAUUGAUUGGUUUACCUACUUGUUUUACAAUUAAACUUUUAAUGAGCGAGAGUGAGAGACUUAGUAAUAUGGUUUCAGAAAAACAGAAAAACAAGAGCCAAUUUAAUAUUAUUGUAUAUUUUUUGUAAUACACAGCACGUUUUGAAAAUUAUUAUCAAGCUUUGAAUGCUUGAAAGUACCUAGUAAAUGUUCACCAAAGUCACUUGAAGCAUUUUGACUUUGAAUUUAUUUGUGUCGAACGCUGUCUGAAUACUUAGUUCGACACAUUUUCUUAACAUAAUAAUAAUUUAUAAUAUUGUUGCGUUAUGAGAAUACAAAUAUCUAAAUAUACAAGAUUACGAGACAUUAUUUGAAAUUUUGUUUCACUAUUGUGAGUUAUUUCAAUAAGUACCAAAAAUAUUUGCCAAAACUGAUAUUUCAACUGAAACCUGAUCCUACGUGUUAGUAAUUUCAGAUCUCUAAUAUGUAUUGUAACAUUCGAAAGCGCUUCGCUACAUCCGCUUUGUACAGAAUAAAGGAUUAUCGAAACUAAAUCUAUGCCGAAUGUUACAUCGUGUACUUUACAGGCAUGUGUACCAAAGCCUAUGUGAUAAGAGUAUUUAUGUAUGGUUAGAUAUUAGAUGUUUAUGUCUGUUGAUCUCAAGAAAAUUAAUUUUAUUAGCAUGUAAGUUCAAAUGUAUAGAGUCGGGCUCAAAAAUAUGUGGUAAGAAAAUAAUAGUUUAAAGUUACUAAUCUAAAACGCAGUCUUGUUAUGUCAAAAUGUUGUACGAAUUCGUUUGUGAUUUUUCUAAUUCUGAACGAUUAACUUUUGUACGUGUGUUUGAACCAAUUUGUUGGCUCUAAAUUGCUAAUGGAAAAUUCCGAAUAAAGCCUACCAAAGACGCUAGAGAAAACAAAACACGUCAGCGUGGUAUUAUAUCUUGUUAACGAACGCAGAAGCAUGUUUACAUUUUUUUGAGACCGACUGUAUGCAAAUUCAUAUGUAAAUAGUACACACCGAUUUGUUGCCACACAACGAUUGAGUUCACAUGUUUAUCCAAAUGUUCUAGCAUUGUAACCAAAGAUAAUAUUAUUCUAUAUUGUAACAUACAGCUAAAAUAAUUUCAGAAAACUUGGAAAAUCUAAUAGAUUUUUAGACUAAAAGUUUAGUGUAAAAAUAUUACAAAUCCGAGUUUAAUUUAUCAUUAAGAUCUUUAGCAUAAGUUAUUAGUGAUAAUAAAUCUUUAAAUGUAUUUAUUCAUAUUGAAUGAUCAUUAAAAGUUGGAUAUUUUAAU